CAGUAGGUCUGUGUGUCCGGGUAGGUCUAAGUGGUGACUCUUGUCGUGCACCUGACAUCACGAUGGACGACUAUCCGAUGUAUGGGUUGCUUGUGGGGUUCUCCCUCUGGGGGACCCUCUGGCGUCUCCUCUUUCCUCUGGGGUUCUGGCACACCUUCACGUGUAGAGUAGAUACCCGGGGUGGUGCCUCCACCAAGCCAUACACGAAGGAGGAGGAGGCGAAGAUAGUCGCUAUUCUGCAGGAGAGGCAGGCGAAGAAGGAGGCCAAAAAGAAGGCCUUGAAGGAGGAGCAGGCGGCCAAAUUGAAGAAGAUAGAAGAAGAGAUGGCCAGAGAGAAGAAGAGGAUACAGAAAGAAGAGGAAGAGAAGUUGAAAGAGGUGGAAGAGGAGGAAGAAGAUGAAACGCCACUACAAAGGAAGAAGGGGCAGUAUAGUGGCAGCAGGGAUGAGGAGAUGGAGAAGCGAAUCUCAGAGUGGGUCGCCAACUUAUCCCUGGGCGAAGAAGAAGAGGUGGCGAUGUAUAUCUCUAAGGACGAUCAGGAAGCCGCUAUGAGAGCUUGGGAAGCAGAAAAAGAUGUUGUGAAGCGGCAGGCGAUGGAAGAUGAAAAGAGGAUGGAAUGGAAGUUGGCAGUGAUGAGGGAGAAGAAGAGGAGAGUGGAAGAGGCAGCGGAGGCGGCAGAAGAAUUAGAGGAGGUAAAAAAUAUAGAAGAGCAACUAGCCGCCCAGACCGAACUCCCAGCUCAAAUGCGAGUCAUAGCUCGAAAUGUUGCACGCCUGACACGAAUUCAGGCGGAGCAAUAUGACUUUAGCAGGAGUCAACACAUAGCUGUGUGUUCGAUAAAUUUGGGAUUCCGGGACUUUGCUCGAGAGUUGGUAGGCGCUAUAGGCACUGAGGUGGGCCAUCGCCUCGACAAGACUGAGCGGUUCUGCGCUGGCGCCAUUGAGGGCGUCAAGGCGGCGACCCCCAAGGAGGAGGAAGCUCGUCCUCCUCGUCGGGAACCGGUCAAGGUUAAAUUCCCUGAUUCCUACAGUGGGAAAAGGGAAGAGAACUUUGACAACUGGGAAGCCAACGUUAAGACCUAUGUGCACUUGCAACAGGUCUCCCCGGAUCAGCAAGUGCUAAUUGCGAUCCACGCGCUGAGAGAUGAGGCCGCCAGUUUUGCAAGGUCCCUAGUCCGCGCUGCCAACUGUAGUGACGAUCCCGUUGCGUACUCCUCGUUCACGUCCCUCACCGAAUUCCUGAAAUUGCUGCGCGAGCGAUUUGCUGAUGUCGCUCGCAGUGUUAAAGCCUCAGAUAGGCUGCAGACGAUCCAUUCUCGUAAGUGGAAAAGUGUCAGGGCCCUUAAGAGUACAAUGGAUGAGUUAGUGGCUGUCCCUGACUAUGGGGUUACGGACACCCAGUUGGUCGGCCUCUUCUAUCGGGCGAUACCCGAAGCCCUUCGAGGGCAUUUCUUCGCAAAGAGCGAAGACCCUGCCACUACAUACGAUUCUCUUAGUCGUGAGGUAGUGACCUUUGAGGCCAAGUCCAUGUCAGUCUCCACCUUCUGGCACAAGGACUUAGACAGAGGGAAGCAAUGGAAAGGUCGCACUAUCUCAGGGCAGGUAAAGACCAAGGACAGCCUUGUCCUAACCUUAGAUGAGGGUAGUGUGGACGAGAUCCCCUACGAUCAGAUUGAGUGGGGGUUAGAAGAGGAGGACAGCGGUGUGGGCCAGGGGAGGACCUACGCUGCUGUCGCGGCUGGAGGGAGGCCGCAAGGAGGACGAGGCCAGGGCUAAGGGGGUCAGGCCUCAGGGAGCCGGUUUCAGGGCGAUCAGGGGGUUGGCGGCAGAGGAGGAAACCGCCAAGUGGGAGGCAGGGGUCAAGGUCCCCCGCAAAACCGCCCUAGGAAUAGGUCUCCCUACAGGGUAGGAGGAUGGCACCCGGGGCUACCACAGGGUAGGCCUUGGGAACCUUUGGGUCUGGACCAGACUUUAUGGCAACAACGAUUGGACCGGGGUCAGUGCAUUUUUUGCGGUGACCCGGGCCACAUCAUCAAAUAUUGUCCUAAGUAUCGAGAGACCCGAAUGGCUGCUCAAGGGCCAAAAGGUAGCCGCCGGUAGGGGUAGCAACUGCCCCUACCAUUAGGCCAUGUGGGGAACAUAGCGCUAGCCGGCUGGAGACUCCCACACCACAUGUGCCUAUGGUAGAGGUUGCAGGCCGGUGUCUAGAUAGCUGCUCAGAGACUGCUUGUAUUAGGGUCUCUCUAGACACCUCCCUCACAUGUGUAGCCGAAGAGUUGAAGGAGAGGAGGCCCGCCUGGGCCAAGAUGAAGAAGGAAAAUAAAGGGCAGCUGAUCUU